GUUCGGACGUGUGACACGCCGCGCAGCCGACACCUGUGGCUCAACAAUCAAAAGUAUCAAACGCGCGUUCGAUUCUUUUAGGAUUACAGUGUUAUAGUGAAUUGUGUGUGAAAAUUUAUCAAUGGAGGACUUGUGACCGGUUUUUCUGGACGACGCCGGUCCGCCGUGGGAAAAAAUCCGUGAUCACAAGUCACGAAGAACGAAAUGCGUUGAACUCGGUGAAUUUGUGAUAGUGUGUUGUUGCCAAAGAUUGUUUUUAACAGUUUAGUGGUUUUGACAGUUUAGUGAUUUUGACAGCUUAGUGACAAAUAUGUGGAGGUGAUUUUGACAGGUUAUUAGUUUGAAAGCUAUGUGCUGUGAAGUUAACGAAAAUGUGUUCAAAAUUAGGAUUUGCCGUCGCCAUUUUGUGUGCACUCACGACAAUCAACUGCUUUCAACAGCAAUAUUUUCGAGUACCACCAAAAAGCCUUCGAGUUCAAGAAGGUUCAGAAGCGGUAUUAGAGUGUGCUGUAGCGAAUUUAGCUGGACAGGUGCAAUGGGCUAAGGAUGGAUUCGCUUUGGGGUUCUCAUCGGUGAUCCCAGGGUACCCACGUUUCACGAUGUUCGGGGAUAGACGCCACGGUGUCUACAACUUGCGAAUCGUCAACGUGACUCUGGAGGACGACGCGGAAUACCAGUGUCAAGUUGGUCCAGCGCAGAUGCACAAAGUAAUAAGGGCAAACGCAUCUCUGACUGUUAUAUCUCCCCCAAAUGCGGUAGAAAUAGUCAAUCAUCCUCACAACUCAAAGCUUGAAGUGAAAGAAGGGGAGGAUGUGGUUCUCGAGUGCCAAGUCAAGAAUGCCAAGCCAGCUGCCAAGAUCGUGUGGUUUAGGGGUAACCAAGAAAUCAAAGGCGAAAAAGUGUCAAGUGAGGAGAUAAAGGAAGUCGAAGGUCCAACUGGGAACCCGAAAUCGAUGAGAUACACAACAAUAUCCAGGGUUCAUUUUAAAGCGGCAGCGGAUGACGAUUAUGCUGAUUUUACAUGCGAAGCGAAACAUGAAGCAUUGCAGAGGGAUAUGCCAAUGCGCAGUACUGUGCAGCUCAGCGUCCUAUAUCCACCAGGCGCACCCUACAUAGAGGGCUAUGCGGAGGGCGAAACGGUCAGGCGAGGACAGAGCCUAGAACUGGUCUGCAGAAGUCGGGGUGGUAACCCACCAGCCCAGCUCAUCUGGUACAAGAACGGAGAACAAAUACGAAUGGCGUACAGAACAAGCGGGAGGAUGUCGGAAAACGUGCUAUCGUUCAAGGCCGAUGCUUCUGAUAACAAAGCUCGCUAUUCUUGCGAAGCUAAAAACAUCAUGAUAAGCAAUACAUUAAAAGCCGAGAUAGAUCUCACAGUUCUAUUUGCACCGUCCCACGUCACAAUAUCUGGACCAUCAGAAGCGCGUGUCGGCGAUCCUGUACCUUUGAGCUGCAGUACAGCACCAUCGAAUCCAGCAGCUGACAUCAAGUGGUUGGUGCUGGGAAAACAUCACAGGGAAGCAAGCAAUCGAACCGUGAUAUCCCCUGAAGGUGGUUGGAUCACCACAUCCAACAUAACGGUAGUUGUGGAACCUAAUCGACGUUCGAUAGUCGUGGUAUGUCACGGUAUUAAUGGUCAGCUAACGGAGAAUGUUGUAGCCACGCAUACCAUCAACGUGUUAUAUCCGCCAUCAGCUCCAAUGAUAACAGGUUACAUUCCCGGAACGACACUAUCAGCUGGCACAGUGCAGAAGCUAUCUUGCAUCUCAUCUGGCGGGAACCCUCUGGCCACACUGACUUGGUUUAAGAAUGAUAAAAAGAUACAUUCAACAACAAAAACCACAGAUAAAUCCGUGUCAGCUGAGAUAUCGAUCCUAACCAAUGUGACUGACAACCAAGCCCAGUACAGGUGCGAAGCGACAAAUACUGCUACUGAGAUCCCGUUGUUUGAAACUGUCACUCUUAAUGUACACUUUGCACCGGAAGCUGUGAAAGUGAGAGCCGAUCCGCAAGAACUCAAACCAGGAAUCGAAGCUACAUUAUUCUGCGACGCAGCCUCCAGUAACCCACCAGCUACGUUAUCGUGGUGGCGUGAUGGUAUUCCCGUACAAGGUCUCCCAAUGCAGCUGAAAAAUGGCCUACACGGUGGCACGGUGUCCACUAUAGAACUGAAAUUGAACAUCACGAAGGACCUAAACAGCGCUGUGUAUACUUGUCAAGCGAUGAAUGAAGCGCUGCAGCGGAGUGUACACGAUGCAUUAACACUGAAAGUUCUUUAUGCGCCAAUCUUCGACGAAACGACCCCAUACACGACAGUGGGAGUAGAAAACGAACCAUUGGUCAUCAUGCUCCGAGCUGAUGGUAAUCCACCGAGCAUCGCGUAUACCUGGACUAAAGACGGCCUGCCCAUUACACCAUCUUCGUACAGCACUUCAAACGACAGAAUCAUUUCCGAGGGUAGUAUGUUGAAUAUGACUCGACUUACACGUCACGACGCCGGUAUAUACACGUGCGAAGCUGUCAACUCCCAGGGCGCAGCUACCGUCAACAUAACAGUUAACGUACAUUUCCCAGCCGAAAUCAAAUCAGCGACACAAAAUGGGUUAUCUAAUCCAAACGAGAACGCGGUACUUGCGUGCACGGCCGCGGGAAAUCCCCUAACAUCUGAUCAUAUAAAGUGGCAACGUAAAGGCUACGACAUACCACCAAGAUCCGUAACAUUUGAGCCCCGUAAUCAAACCAGCUACCUUACCAUCGAAGGAGCAACGAGAGAAGACGUUGGUAAUUUCCAGUGUAUCGUCAAUAAUGGUAUAGGUGGUGAUACCACUCAGGAAGUGAUGCUAGUUGUCAAAUUUAAACCAGAAAUGGAUAUAUCGCCAAACUUGGCCAAAUCUGCGUCCAAUACUGGUCAUGUUGGACGAUUAACUUGCAAAUGCACAGCGGCCCCGGCGCCUAACUUCACAUGGUCCAAGAACGGUGCCAAGUUGCCAGUCAAUACUUCAACGAAAUACUUCGCUGAAUUCCACAAGACUGACCCCAUAACAUAUACAUCAGUUCUACUCAUAAACGAUAUCGGGUCAUCUGAUUACGGCUCUUAUGAAUGUGGGGCUAGAAAUGAUUUGGGUUUCAGCACAACAUCCGUUAAGUUGGAUGUAACAAGCGCACCAGAUCCAGUAAUAUCGAUAAUGGUUACAAAUGUCACCCAUAACUCUGUGACUGUAUCGUGGGUCCCAGGAUUUGACGGCGGGUUAUUCUCGUGGUACAGAAUACGAUAUAGAAAAAUAAACGAAGAUACGUAUAGAUAUGAAGACGUGACGCCCAGAAACUCGACUGUGUACACAGUCCACGGUCUAGAAAGGCACACGGAUUACGUGUUUUCAGUGAUGGCCCUCAACAAGCUGGGCCAAAGCAAAUACCGACCAGAUGACACCAAAGUUACAACUCUUACUUCGUCAGAAGUAAGUGAGCUAAACGUAGUUUCCACAGAGUUUGUAGAAACGGCAGACGCGUCGAAACUAGUCAUUGUAUUCGUCUCAGUAAUAGUUAUUGCUAUUUUAGUUUUUGGUAACGCCGCUUUCGUUGCAUGUUUUAUUUUCAAAAGACGAUCUAGACGGUUAAAAGAACAAGCUGGUCAGUCUUCUAAAUCAGCGACUAUUGAAAUGUAUGCACCAUCAUCUUACAAUGACACGAUGACGGGAGAAACACUCAGCUCUGUGUCGGAGAAAUCGGAAACAUACUCCCAAGAUGGGGAUGACAGGCCCCCUCCUCCCAUACCUGAAGUACCUAGCAUGCCGAACAGGCACAUGUUGAAUCAGACGGACGCGUACCUAAUGGGCGAACAGAGCCUCGUCAUUCCCCCGCCCUUGGACUACCCUCCGCCCAACUAUGCUGUCUACGAAGGUGACCACGCCAGGACAUUGCCGCAUCCACACCGACAUAAGGAUAUUAGUGGACAUAGCACCUUGGGACGAAGUGCUGGUAAACAGAACUAUGUUCCGGCGCCGAGUCCCAUGCCGCCAUUAGACGGUUCCUACUACAACAUGGCAUCAGAUAGGUACCUAUCCUAUCCACCUCUGAUUGGUGAAUACUUACAACAGCAAGCCGGUCGCACGCCCACACCACCGCAGCAAUACUCGUCAGGAAUACCAAAACCACAUAUUAUUAAUGGAGUCCCAUCAUCCCCUUCGCAUAUAACCAGUCCACCCCUUAAUAUGGGCUUAGAUGAUUAUACACAAGGUCUAGACAGGCAGUCAGCGGGCGGUACACUUAGACGGCAAAGAUUCGACAAAAUGGCGGUGCCCCCGCCUGACGUAACCGUGCUUCACCAAGGGAAUUGCACGCAGCACCUUCCAAUGAACCAAACGCCAUCGGUUAAACAGCCGCAGUCGAUUUUAAAAGAUCCGUCUAGACAUAAAUACGGCAACCAAUAUGGUAGCCCGAUAUCAUCAAGCACACCGCAGAAUAGUAAUUCAAGUCAGAUUUUGACCGUGCAGAAUCUCACAUCGGACGUACCACAGUACGGCACAAUCAAGAAAGACAAUAAAAAACAAAACGUAACGAUAGACGAAUCGUACAAUAAAAGAAACGAAACACACGUAGUCUAAACUAAUUGACAAAGUGAAGUGAUCGUUAAUUACACAAGUGAAAGCAACUGCUCGUGUUUAACAGUGCAAAGUGAUGUUAUAAAGUGAAACGGUGAGUGGACUGAAUCUAUUGUAAAUAGAUGAACUAGUGAAAUAAUUAGAUAGUUUUAAAAUUUCAUUGAUUGUGAUACCAAUGAUUAAACAUUUCGUGACAGAAUGAUGUGUCCAUGGUUUUUAGAUAGUAUCAAGAUAUAUCUUAAGAAUUAUAGCCUAUAAUGUCAAGAUAAAAUUCAAAAUGGCUACGUCUGGUUGUAAUGAUCGUUUGACUGACUUAUCAAUAUAACGAUUGUAUUUUUUUUCUUUUGUAAUUAGGCGAAACGUCCAAAAGACACGUGUUACAGACGAGUGUAAUGUAACGAAUUUAAUGUUAAUUAAAACUAUAUAAAUACUUGUAAUUUCAUCUAAAUAAUUUGCAAAUUAAAUUUUUAACGAUUCCCUACGAAGGAUCUCUUUUUUGGUUAAGUUUUUAAUAAUAUACUUAUAGUAAACAUUGUUACGUAAAGAAAUUUGAUUAUCUUUUAAAAAUAUAUUUAUGGGAAAAUUUUAAAUU